GUGGCAUAUAUCGGUAUGGUAUGGACUCUUAUUGAAAAUAUUUGAUUACAUCGAAACGUGCAUAUUUGUGCUGAGGAAGAAACAAAACCAAGUCUCUGUUUUGCACGUGUAUCAUCAUAUAUCUAAUGUAACAUUUCUGUGGAUUAAUAUGAAAUACUUUAUGGACGUAAGAACUUCGUAUGUCUUAAUAGUCAAUAAUAUUGUGCAUGUAAUCAUGUACAUGUACUAUUUCAUCUCUGCAUGGAGUCCGAAUCUCCAACGGAUGAUGUCUCCCAUUAAACCAUUUAUAACUACCCUACAGAUGGUACAAUUUUUGUGCUUCUUGUAUUUUCUACUGCAGUUUCUCACUUGCGAAGUGCCAAGAGGAGUAGUGUCACUCUUUACUGUUUUCGUGGAUAGCGAACGAAGUCCGACGUGAGCAAGCACAAUUUAUUAUAAUGGCUUGUAAAACGUGGUACAAAACAAAACUAGUCUUGAUACGUGAGAGCGAGUCAUACGGUGGUAGACAUACACACAGAGCGACCACGACUGGGAAGAAGACGGAAGUCUUCCUCCGCCGGCGGAAGUAUUGCGAGCGCCACCUUUAGAGCGCCGUGACGCGAUUGGCUUUAGAGGGCGUGGAAUACGUCGGUAACCCGCGGAACAUAAAUAAUAUCAGAACAUGUGAAAAGAAACGUAAACGGAAUAAUGUUAUUUCUAUUAAAUUGCCGUAUUCCAACAUUCUCA